GGCAACUUGCGGAUCUGCAAUCGUGUGAAAGGACCCUGAGUUCACCCGUCAUGUGGAACUUUUAAGUGACAAUAACAAUAGCACAGCAAAAAAUAUAGAUCAAAUAUAGGUACAAAAUAUAGAUCCUGCAAGAGAAACAUCGAAUUUUUGAUAUUAUAAUAAAUAGACAAUCUCAAUUUUUAAAGCAUAGAUUAUGGAGUCCAGCGCUGUUUUUCAACAGGAGCAAACAUUUUUAAGCGUAACUAAGAGUUGGUGACCUUGGUAUUGCUGAUUGGAUAUUAGGAUCUCUUCUGGAAGUCAUCUCGAAAGAGAGAAGAUGACAGAAUGCUUCUUCUUGCCACGUUGGAAGGGUACAUCACCCACUGUGAUUCACUAGGGCAACUUGGUGCAGUUGUGCAAACAGCCAUACAAAGGAAGGGUGACAUACUUUUACUGAUGACAUUGAGGAAAUAUUUGAAAAUGCAGAGAGAGACAAACUCUGCAAUAAAUAAUAUACAAACUCUCAUUGACAUUUUAUGAUAACUGUAAGAUUUGCGUCAGAAAUACAUUAUUGUAUUCUUGAAUCACGAAGUAAAAAUAAAACACCUUAUAAGUAUUACUGAUGAAACAAACAAAAUGAUCACUUACUGGCAUCAAAAGGUGUUCGCUCUGGAUGACAAAUUCAAUUCCUUACGUUUUUCGGAUAAUUCAGCAUUUGGAACUCUUUACAUUCAUCGAAGAAGUCAGAUGCUAUGUGAAAAAUAUAUUAAACAUUGUAGUGUGCAGACAUAUUAUUUAAAAUUUCGAAAUAGUUUUCUUCGACAACGUUACGGAGAAAUUAGGGAAUCGAACAGUAUGGUUUACUCUUUAAACGAAGACAUGUAUGCAGGAUUUCAAAGAAAACUUAACGAUAUUCAACAAAGAACGACGGCAAAAAAUUUUGCUUUUGACGGAGUUCACCAUAUUUUUGAUCAACAUACAGCAGCAAUAUCGAUGAUUAAGUUUGCCAACAACGAUAGAUCAAAAAUUUGCUGCGCUUCUUUCGAUGGCCAUAUUUCUAUUUGCGAGGUGACUAGUACGCCUCCAAGAGUUGUGUGCAUUAUACUAGGGCAUAAGAAAGGUGUAACUGCCAUUGAUUGGAGUAUCAGCAAUGACUUGAUAGUUUCAUCAUCUUUGGACUCCACUCUUCGUCUUUGGCAGCUACAUUCAGAUUUAAAACUGGAAUGUUUACGAGUUGUAGGGGAUCCAAUGUCAGCAGAAGUUCUUUCUUGUGCAUUUGUACCGGCUAACAAUAAUUUGGUUAUUACCGGCAAUGCUCAAGGAUACUUACAGAUUGUAAAUAUUUCAACGGGUAAAUACACACGAGAUGGUACUUGUCAGAUGGGUGGAAAGAUCUUAUCAAUCGCAUGUGAAGAAAGUGGAGGCACCCUUGUUUGGGCUGGAAAUGAUCGAGGAGUUGUCUUCUCGUUUCGUUUUAUACCUAGAUCCCAUAGAUUGUCGAGACUUCGAAGAAUUGAGGGCCUCGGUGGACAAGUGACUAGUAUUUCAUGGCGCACGUGGCUUUCAAAAGAAUUUCCAUGGCCCACCCUGUUGAUAAGCAGUGCUUGUAAUGCUGUGACACUGUACCGUGUAGUUGAUGAUAAAGGUUCAUUAGUACGUUGGAAAAAAUAUCCCGUCAAGCAUAGACAAUAUCUUGUCCAUUCAACGUUUUGUCCUCAAAUGGGAGCCAGUUUAAUAGCUACAGGGUCUGAAGAUGGCUCUGUGCACUUGCUGGAUUCUACUAAAGAAGGAAAAGCAGCUAGGGUAAAUCGUCUUCUUGGCCAUGCUACGCCUGUAGUAGCACUUUGCUUUAAUUACGACGAGUCUCUUCUUGCCACAGCUGAAUAUCAAGGACUUAUCAUUAUCUGGCGCAAUAAUUCAUGCUGAAAAUAAAUAACGCAUAGCAUUCUGUUCUUCCUAAUGUAUAUAUGUAAACUAUUAAACGCCAUAGCUUGUUUGUAGAUAGCGUAAAUUAUUCUUCAGAAGCGGUGAGCUCACGUAAUCUUUCAAAUUAUAACAUUGGUAAAGUAA